AGUAAUUUUUUUGAAAUUGAGUUUUGUCCCUUGGAAGAAAAAAAUACACGAGAGAUCCGCCAUUUUGCACUGUAUUUAUGAUUUCUUUCUGUGUAUUAUGAUUGAAAUCUUAAUUGUUCAAUUGUGAUCUUAGUUUCCUGUUUGGAAACGGCCAUCGACUGGCCAUAAAGAGAUGAAUGCCUCUCUCAAAUGCAAACAAGCGUGUUCUGCAUGAACCACAACGGAAAGACGAAGAAAAACUCCAAAAGAAACGAAGGCUUAGCGAUCAAAAUUCAUCGGCUACGAAAAGGAGUAAAGUUAGUCCUACGGACUCUCCAACAAUGACUGAUUCUCAAAAACGCGCUAAUUUCUCAGCUUUGCCAAGCCCAGGAAGUAACGGUGUUCAUAGACAUACAUCUCCACUAAACAGCUCAAAACCGGGGACAACAAAAAAGCUUGUUAUAAAAAAUUUAAAGGAAAAACCGAAGCUCCCUGAAAAUUACCAACAAGUGACGUGGGGAAAGUUGCGCGAAGCUGUUGAUGCUAUCCAUACCAGCCAUGCCAUUCACUCGAGCCUCGAGGAACUCUACCAGGCUGUGGAAAACAUGUGCUCCUAUAAAAUGUCUUCAAUGCUGUAUGAGCACUUGAAACAAGCAUGUGAAAAUCAUGUGAAACUGAACAUUGGCCAGCUUUUAGAAGAGAACAUAGGGUAUGAAGAGUUCUUAAAAAAGAUAGAUUCUUGCUGGCAGUCACAUUGUAGACAAAUGAUCAUGAUUCGGAGCAUAUUCCUGUUCCUGGAUAGAACCUAUGUGCUGCAGAACUCCACUAUACUUUCCAUAUGGGAUAUGGGCUUGGACCUUUUCCGUACACAUAUAGUAGGGCAUCAUAUAGUACAGAGUAGAACAGUGGACGGUCUGUUACAGUUGAUUGACCGAGAGAGAAGUGGGGAAACUGUUGACAGGGGACGACUUAAAAGUCUACUCAGAAUGUUGUCUGAUCUCCAGAUUUAUCAAGAGGCAUUUGAGAAAAAGUUCCUCGAGGCAACAGACAGUCUAUAUAGGGCAGAAGGUCAAAGGUUAAUGGAAGAAAGAGAUGUACCGGAGUACCUUCAACAUGUAGAGAUGCGUCUAGAGGAAGAAAAUGAAAGAAUUCUGCAUUAUCUUGAUCAGUCCACAAAAAAACCUUUGGUAUAUUUGGUAGAGAAGCAGCUGUUGGAACAACAUGUAACACAAAUGCUGGUUAAAGGAUUGGACCAGCUGUUGUCUGAAAACCGGAUCAGUGAUCUGACGAGAAUGUAUAAUCUGUUUACACGAGUACAGAAAGGUCAGAAAGAAUUGUGUGCUUCAUUUGCUACUUACAUUAAGGGAACGGGUAGAAUUAUAGUCCUAAAUGUCAGUAAUGAUCCAGAGAAAGAUAAAGAUAUGGUCCAGUCUAUGUUAGACUUCAAGGACAAAAUAGACAAUAUUAUAGGAACAUGUUUUGCUAAGAAUGAACAGUUUAUUAAUGCAAUGAGAGAAAGUUUUGAGAACUUUAUAAAUGCACGACAGAAUAAACCAGCUGAAUAUAUAGCAAAAUAUGUAGAUAAUAAAUUGCGGGCAGGAAAUAAAGAGGCUACUGAAGAGGAACUAGAGAGACUGCUUGAUAAAAUCAUGGUUCUCUUUAGAUUUAUACAUGGGAAAGAUGUGUUUGAAGCCUUUUAUAAAAAGGAUCUUGCCAAACGUCUCCUGGUAGGGAAAAGUGCAUCAGUAGAUGCAGAGAAAUCUAUGCUGUCAAAGUUAAAACAAGAAUGUGGAAGUGGUUUUACAGUGAAGUUAGAGGGAAUGUUUAAAGACAUGGAGUUAUCAAAAGAUAUUAUGUUAGCCUUCAAACAGUCUGUACAAAAUGAGAGGGCAUCAAAGAAUUUGGAGCUGACAGUUAAUAUCUUGACAAUGGGAUACUGGCCAACGUAUACCCCUAUGGAUGUUCAUUUACCCAGUGAGAUGGUAAAACUGCAGGAGAUUUUCAAGACAUUUUACCUUAGUAAGCACAGUGGACGCAAACUGCAGUGGCAGCCGACCCUCGGACAUUGUGUACUAAAAGCAGAUUUUUCAGGGGGUAUGAAAGAGCUGCAAGUUUCGCUGUUCCAGACUUUAUGUUUGUUGCUAUUUAAUGAAGGUGACGUUUUCUCAUUUGAGGAGAUUAAACAGGCCACAGCUAUAGAGGACAGUGAACUGAGAAGAACUUUACAGUCAUUAGCCUGUGGCAAAGCUAGAUUACUUCUGAAAGCACCUAAGGGCAAGGAUGUUGAGAAUGAUGACAAGUUCAAGUUUAAUGAUGAUUUCAAACACAAGUUGUACCGAAUCAAAAUCAAUCAAAUACAAAUGAAAGAAACACAAGAGGAGAACGUGAGUACAACGGAGCGAGUGUUCCAGGACCGACAGUAUCAGGUUGAUGCAGCUAUAGUGAGGAUCAUGAAAACACGGAAAACUCUCACCCACAAUCUAUUGAUAUCAGAGUUAUAUAAUCAACUCAAAUUUCCAGUUAAGCCGGCAGAUUUGAAAAAACGUAUAGAAAGUUUGAUAGAUAGAGACUACAUGGAACGUGACAAAGAUAAUCCAAAUACAUACAACUAUGUAGCAUAGAAUUCUCUCAAUGCGCGCGUGUGAUAUACUGUGAUUAUAAAAACAAAACAACAAGACAUUAAAAUAAUUACAGAAAACAA